GACAGAAUUUAGCACCAAAUUCCAACAAACUCACUGGUAAAAACAAAGCAAAAACAACUCCCACUUCAAACUCCUCUAUGUUUUUUGUUAUUUUCUAGUUGUUGGCCUAUCCAUUCCUCCCAAAAAACCAACUCUCCAAACUAUUUUUCCAAACCACCAUUGAAGAUUGAGAUUCCCCCAUUAAAAUAGAAGCCUAAAACCUCAAUAUAUAUCUCAUUUUCUUGAUAUUCCCAACCAUCUUCACAUCCCAAAAGAAAAAAGCACCCAAAAAAAUGGAAGAUUACUCCCCUGUUCCAAUGCAAAGAACAACCAAGAUCAUCAGAAAAUCAAUCUUUAUUUUUCUACAAAACUACCAAUUCUUCACCAUAACAGCAGCUUUUUUCGCCAUUCCUUUUGCUACCUCUACUCUUUUACUACAAUCAUACAUCCCUUCAUCAUCAUUUUACCCAGUAAUCUAUGAACGUUUGCAUUUAAUUUUCGAUGCUUCUGGAUUUCCAUCUUCUUCAGAAUUCUUCACACUUCUCAAUUCCAAGAUUUCUCAAACAAUUGCCAUAUCUUUUCUUGCAUACCCUUUCACCAUUUCAUUUUUUCUCUUCAGCAAAUCUUUAGUAAUUGAAUCUCUCAAUUACUCAAAACCAACACAAAAAACUACAUUUCCUUCAUAUUUCCACCUUCUUCUUACCCAACUUUGCAACUCUCUACUCAUCAUUUCAGCAAACGCCACGUGUUUCACUCUCCUGUUUUUCAGUUUCAAUGUUGUUGAUUAUUUUUUCGGGCUUUCAAAUCCAAGAUUAGUUCUUUUGUUAUCUGCAACAGGAGCUGUAAUUUGUUCAAUCAUUCUUGCAAACACUUUAAUUAUUUGUAACUUAGCAUUGGUGACAUCAGGAUGUGAGAAAAUUGGAGGAUACAUGGCGAUUCUCAAAUCUUGUGUUUUAAUAAGAGGAAGAACAGCUACAGCAUUAUCACUAGCAGUGCCAUUAAAUUUGGCUUUGGCUGCAGUUGAAGCUUUGUUUCAAUACAGAAUUGUAACGGCUUAUUAUCAAGAAAAAACGGAGUUGUUUUGGUUGGCUUUAGAAGGAACGUUCAUUGCAUAUAUGUAUUCAGUUCUUCUUGUUCUUGAUACAAUAGCCAGCUGUGUUUUCUACAAAAGUUGUAGAACAGAUGACGUGGCAAUUUUGCCAAUCCAAGAAAGAGAUCAACAUACAGUUCUGAAGAUAAAGACAGUAGAGGAGUUCCCUUAAGGAGUAAAUAUUGUUGGAAAACAGGAAGAGACCAAGCAAUUUCUUGGGGUCAUUAAUGUACUUUUUUUGUAAUAUCCAGAAUAUCAUUUGAUGUAAGCUUUACAACCCCAUUAUAUUCUCUGUUUUUUAUUCUGUUCAUGUAAAGUAGCAGUUUUUAUUAUGUAUACAGUUAGGAGAAACUCCGGGAAAAAACUCUUGUAAACUGUGUAUAUUUCAAUUUGUAAUGCAAAGAGAAAAGAAUGCGAAGUUCUGAGAUCA